CCAGUUGUUACAUCAAAUAAUAAGAAGAAAGAUUCAUCAUCUGAUUCAGAUUCGUCAGAUGACAAUAAAAAACAAUCUCAAGUUGCUACGAAAACAAAUCCGAUUUCGUCAACGGUAAAAAAAGUUAGUAGUUCCAGUAGUAGUGAUUCAGAAGAAGAGACACCUGUUACACAGAAAUCACCAACAAAAACAGCUGGAACUCCAGCAGUGAAACCAGCAGCCAUUCCAUUGAACAAAAACCAGAAAAAAGCUAAAUCAUCAUCAGAUUCAGAUUCAUCAGACGAGAAUGAUAAAAAACCAUCGGUACCACUUACUAACAAACCGAAAAUAACUCCUACUGUAACAAAGAAAUCAGCAACAUCAAGCAGUAGUAGUGACUCAGAUGAGGAUAAAAAACAAACAAUAACACCACUGAAAGGUGCUGUUGCUGUCACAACUACGAAAAAAGUCGUUGUUCCACAACAAUCAACAGCUUUGGCUAAUAAAAAAACAAAAGAAUCUUCAUCUUCCGAUUCGUCAGAUGAUGAUACUAAUAAACCACCUGCCAAAAUUGCUUCAGUUCCAAUGAAAAAAACAACUAAACCAAGUAGUUCAAGUAGUAGUAGUGAUUCCGAUGUAAAACCAUCAUUAAAUAAAAAACAACCACUAACAACAUCAGCUAAAGCUUCUAUUACACCCAUUGCACCAUUAACAAAAAAACCUACGGUUACUACUCCAGUAAAUGCUGUUAACAAGAAACAACAAGAUACAUCAUCUUCGUCUGAUUCAUCAGAUGAUGAUACACCAAAGAAAGCACCAACAAAAGUAACACCAGCAACAAAACCAACACAACCAUCAGUUAAAAAACCUGCUUCAUCAAGUAGCAGUGAUUCAGAUGAUGAUGAUAAACCAGCCGUCAAGAAACCAGUCGUAUCAAAAACUACCCCAGUUGUGACAAAAGCUGCAGUACCACCACAAGUUACUGUUUCGAAUAACAAGAAAAAAGAUUCUUCAUCUGAUUCUGAUUCAUCAGAUGAUAAUAUACAGAAGAAAGUACUAGCAAAAGUAAUACCAGUUAUGAAAACAGCACAACAACAACCGAUUAAGAAACCUGCUUCAUCAAGUAGCAGUGAUUCAGAUGAUGAUGAUAAACCAGCAAACAAGACUCCUGUUCCAUCAAAGGCUGCUAUACCACCACCAGCUACUCUUUCAAGUACCAAGAAAAAGGAUUCAUCAUCAGAUUCUGAUUCAUCUGAUGAUGAUACACAAAAGAAAGCACCUAUAAAGGCACCAACAAUUACGAAACCAGCACAACAAUCAGGUAAAAAAGCUGUCUCAUCAAGUAGCAGUGAUUCCGAUGAUGAUGAUAACAAACCAGCCGCCAAGAAACCAGUCGUAUCAAAAGCUACACCAACUGUAACAAAAACUGUAGCACUACCACCAGCUACUCUUUCAAGUACCAAGAAAAAAGAUUCAUCAUCAGAUUCAGAUACAUCAGAUGAAGAUACAACGAAAAAGGUACCAAUAAAAUCACCAAUGGCUGCUAAACCAACUCAACAACCAAUAAAAAAACCAGCUUCAUCAAGUAGCAGUGAUUCCGAUGAUGAUGAUAAAUCAACAAACAAGAAACCAGUUGCAUCGAAAGCACCAGUUACAUCAGUUACUAAAAGUUCAGUUACAACACCUAUGAAAAAGAAAGAUAGUUCAUCUGAUUCUGAUUCAUCAAGUGAUGAAGAUAAGAAGAAAAAGACAAUUACUGCACCAACUAAACCAUUAUCAACAUCUACUCCAAUUCAACAACCAAUCAAAAGAUCUGCUCCAUCAAGUAGUAGUAGUGAUUCAGAUGAUGAUGAUACUCCAGCAAAAAAACCAGUUACAUCAAAAGUUACUGUAACACCAGUAGCUAAAAAGCCUGUUGUAUCGACACCAGUUGUUACAUCAAAUAAUAAGAAGAAAGAUUCAUCAUCUGAUUC